UAAAAUUUAUUUUUUUUUCAGUCGAUCCCAAAAGCUUGUUUAGCUGCUAAUGUUUCGAUAACAUUGUUCGCAGGAUAUUCCGUGAAAUUUCCCGUUAAUUUCUACCCCGUUACAAUCAAAAACAAUGAGUGCAAAAAAGUACCUAAAAACGGUACCUCCCCAGCCACCGGCCCAGCCAGUAGUUAAAACCGAAAAGGAGGAACAACUCUGGAACGCCCUCAAGAGGCACAUCAUGAGGGAACGCGAACGCAAGAAGCAAGAGCUGGAAGCCGAAGUCGAGGAGGAACGACUCCGGAAGGAACGGGAAGCUCGGGAAAAACAGGACGUAAUGACUUUGGGCGAAACCAAGGAGCAAAUCCAGAUGCUGGAGAAACAGCUGCAGGAACUGCGCAACGAGAAACAGCAGCUGUUUCUGCAGCUGAAGAAGGUGCUCAACGAGGACGACAACCGGAAACGGCAGAUGAAGGAGUCCGUGGAAAUGUUUGCUGUGCAUAGCAUUCCACAGCAGCAAACUUAUCUGCCACAAAGGACGACUACGGCGAUGCCGCCCCAUCAACCGCAUUUGAUACACAAGACCACUCCACCGGUAAACGUGGCGAAACGCACCCACAGCCCCUCACCGCAAGGUUAUUACAAACAGCAAACCGCUAGCCCAGCUUAUCCACCUCCGCAGCCUCAGAAACUCGAGGAGGGCAGACGAGGCCCGGGUGAAGUGGCCCGUGCCGUUCUGUGGAACAAGUCGCAGUACUGCCCACCGGGAACACUAUUCUAUCCGGCUAAUGCUCCGCAACCACCGAACCAACCGGACAACCGUCAGCCGCCGCAACCGCAGAUCAUCUACCCGCCCUAUCAGGGUGGGCUGCCAAUGUCGAUCCGUCAGUCUUACCAUGUCGAUCUGGCCUCACAGCAAGGCCCAGUUCCGCCCGGACCCCAAAAGGCUCCCGAACUGAUCAAACCGGGCCCUGGGCCAGGUCCUGCACCCGGCAAUGUUUACCACAUUACCCUUGACCAGCAAGGAAUGCCUCAGCCACCGCAAAAUCCAGGUCCUCCGCCCCAACUGAAGGCCAUUACCAUCGAGAAGAUACCGCAGGAUCGCGGCGUCCCGUACCACAUCGAGCUGAAACACGAUGACCGCAAAGAUCUACGUCAACCCCAGCAACCACCGCAACAACCGCCUCCGCCAACGACGCACCUACCGGAAGGGAUGGUGUACAAUUCGGCACUUCGUCCAGCAGGCAUACCGAUGCAUGCUAUCGCUGCCAACCAGCAAAUGCCAAAAGGAGGCAGUAUUACGCAGGGCUAUCCGCCGGCUAGACCACAGCAGAUGCCUAAUCUUCAGCAGCCGCCAGCGCCACAGAUACACUAUCAAAGACAUCGCUAUUAAAGAGGCGGCGAGAUUUUCCUUGUAUGGAAUUAUGUAUGGUCUGCCCAGAGGAAUGCCGUUAGUAUCCGGGUAAUUAGGGGAUAGAUCCUCAAUAGGGGUUGGGUUCUUUGUCGUUUCCGUGUGAGUUCAUGGACAUUUUAAAAGUCGAAAUAAUAUAAGAUUUGCGAAAUCGAUACAA